GAUGUUGGUCUCUUAUGAUUUUGAUUACAAAACCAAGCUAACUUUAUAGUUUAGUAUCAUGAUUACAUCUGUUUUUAUGCUCAAAUAUAUUACGCAUUUUGGAUUUUGCACCCAUAAUAAUGCAAUAUUGGGAUACAACGAUGCGCACAUGAGGUGUACAGCGUGGGGGGAUAAAAGUAUCGUUUACAUGCGGUUCUAAAAAUGUGACUAGACGCAUGAAUAACGUCGGGACGCAUUGGUGGCGCUCCUUCUAAAUAUGGAACGGGUGUUAGUGAACGUUUGUGUUGUCCUCGGCGUGGUAUCUGCGGCAGUCCCUGCGAUUAUGUAAGAGCCCUUGGAGGUGCGCGUCGGCACGUGCAUACGAAGCUGCACGCGGCGGUUCCACGUCGGAAGCACGACGUAGGACGCACGGGCACGACGCAAUCGCGCACGCGGUAUCCGCGCUGGCCGGACACCAGUUUCCUAGCAACACGUUGUUGAUGCCACUGCUGACCCAAUGAAUACAAUAACACAUGAUGGCGCCAAUGCGCGGCGAGCGGGGCGGGUCCCCAGCGCGAGGCGCUCGCGCAUCUCUGCCGCUUCCGCGCCGGCUAAUCCGACAGAUCGCGAGACAUGUAGCCUCCAGCGGGCGGUCGUUACGGCGACUAGAGGUGUCGGGCAGGGUCAUUGACAACUUCGAUGACAUUGAAGAUGCGUCCGACGAGUCCGAUAUGGAACAGCCACAGCCUGCGGUGGCUUGCGGAGGCAACGCCGGCAACCUACCCCCCGCUGACCACGACGACGACCUCACCAGUCUGAGCUGGCUGCAAGACAGGAAUUUACUUAGAGGUAUAAAUUUGACAAAAAGUGGCGUGGAUAUGGAAGACACGAAAAUGAUUGAUAAUCAAAUUAUUGUGAAGAGAGAGAUAAAAACACCUCCACCCGUAGCCCGAGUGCCAUCCCCCCCUCGCACCCCUUGCAAGGCCCCUCCCUCCCCUCCCGCGAACACACACACAAAACCUCCUUACUCCUUCUCGUGUUUAAUCUUCAUGGCUAUCGAAGCAGCCCCGGCUAGAGCCCUUCCCGUCAAGGAGAUCUACGCGUGGAUCGUACGUCACUUCCCUUACUUCAGACAUGCGCCUCAAGGGUGGAAGAACAGUGUACGGCAUAACUUGUCCUUGAAUAAGUGCUUCCAUAAGGUGGCAGCUGCCCCGGGACUUGGUAAAGGUUCACUGUGGACGGUAGACCCGCAGCAUCGCGCCUCAUUAUUACAGAAGGUUACCCCGCAGGCGUUCGGGAGACAACCGAUCCCCACCGCGGGGGAGCCGGAGUCCCCCACAGAGCCCGAGGGGGAGGUGCGGGAGGAGGGGGCGAGGGUGUCGUUACUCGCUCGCCGAUUGGCCGACCCGGAACCUGGGGCUGAUGAAUACUUGGCGGCAGCUACUGUGCUCGCUAUGAAGUAUGGGCCUGCUGUACUUGACCAGCUGCCGCCGGCCGCACACCUGGUGAUCUCGCGCUGUGCCCGCGACGAGCACUCGUACAGCGGCGGCGAGGAGCGGCGCACGGCCGAGGCGCUGCUCAACCUCGCCGGCGUGCGCUCCGAGCCCGCGCCCAGCUAGCCGCCUCACACCAACACAUACACUCCACUCCAUGUCAUCGGGCCCUUUCUGAACCGAGGACAGCUGUCACUUCGUUCUACAUGUAUCGUUAUACAUGGUGUGUUCAUCGAUGUCUUCUGGUACUCAACGGACAAACAACUGUAUCUAUACAUCUGUAUACAUAUACAUGAUAUACAAUGUAUGCUUCUUGUAUUUGUAUACAUAUUUUGUUUGUUGAUGUCUUUGGGUACCCACUGUGCUGAUACUAUGAUCGGCUUUCUGUCUUUACUCUUUGGACUUUGUCCAUCGACGCUGGCGGAUUAUGGUACUUAUCUUGCAAAAGACAGUGGUCACUUUUCUGUCUACAAAAUUGCAACUUUGGCAGUGUAUGGCAAAUAUGACAGUCCAGCAUCCAUUUGUGGUGAUCUGCACAUUGAGUGCCCAUUGACUUUAUGUUCUACGGUUGUUAAUAUCUGAGAAAAUGUUACCAAUGACUUCCAGUGUAGUGUCCAGCAAGAGUACCAACCCUGUGACAUGAUAAACUAUAAUUAUCUUAAAGGCAAAGUGAUUUUGCAACAGUACAGUGUUUGCAAAAGUUAUUUGUUCCAUUUUUCAAGAGUAUAGAAUACUUUUUGUUCUGCUAAUUUCUCAAAGGCACUAUAGUAAUUUGUUCAGUAAUAAUUAUAAAUUAUGACUAAGUUAUCGAAUCAAUGAAAAAUUAAAUUUUCUCAGGGCUAAGCCCUUAAAGUUCAGUGAUUCUAAAUUGACAUAUGAGUUCGUAGAACAAAAAAUUUAAAAAAAAAUGUCUUGAUAAUUUCUGAUUCUGUUGUCGCAAUUAAUAAAUAGACAAGAUUACCAUUCUCUAGUCCAAUAAAGACAAUCCAUAGCAAAUCUCGGUGAGAUACAGAUGUCUUUACUGUAAAUGAAAUAUAUUCAAUAUGAAAUAGUUUACGUGCUUAGGUAAAAUAGCUCACUUUGCUGUCUAGUUAGGACCUAUUUUCUCAUUCAAUAUAUUUUCCAAAUGUAAAACAUCACAUUUAUCAUAAAGACAGGUGUUACGAGAACCGUGUUGCUAGAAUAACUACACUUUACAUAAUAGUAGAUACUUAUAGUGAUAGAUGUGAUACUACUGAUAUACUAUUUAGUAUGAAAUAUUUUAUUUAUAAAAAUAAUGGAAAAUACUUGAAUAGUUACUCCCCUAUAUGCAUUUAGGUUUUUUUCCCCAUUUACCUAAUAGUCAAUCAAUCGUAAUAUAUUGUAAGAAUUAAUUAUUCUAAAAAUAAUUUUAAAGUAAUAUAGUGUUCCCGUAUUUCCGUCGAUCAAUUUUGAUUUUAUGCCUAAUGUUGCCAGAGUAAUGUACGAGUUUACAUUGUAUAGAGUUGCUGUUCAGCAUAAUUAGGACGGAAGUGUAGCGCAUCAUAGAUUUUAAGUUAUAAUUAUUUUAAGCCGCAUCCACUUACGCGUCUAUUUAUCCUGUCAAAUUUAUUUUGCCCGCGUCUGCAAUAUUUUAAGUUACAUUUUCACCACUAAGUAUAAAUAUAAAAUUACUGAUUCUAAACUGAGCAAUAUUUAACAUAUAAUUCUAUGUAAUAUAUCUUGUGAUCUGAAUAUACAAAUAUUGUAUACAGGGCGAUCAAAAAUGUAUUUUUAUCUAUUCAAAUUGCGUUACUUCCAGAAGUGAUAGUACAUGUAUAUAUUUACAUAGUAGCAAAUACUUGCAUUAGCCAUAAGCAAGCCGUAUUUUGUGUUCAUGUAGCAAGGGAACUACAUACAAUUGCCUACUGUGUUAACAAAAAAUCUUAUUUAUCAUAAUAGAUAAGGACUUGUAACUUCGUAUCUGUGCGUGAUUAGAUGAAAAAUGUACUCAAACCAUUUACCGGUAUAUUUACUAGCCAGUAGACAGUUCCCGUUGUCUCGCAGUUAAGACUUAGCAUGUAAUGGCAAUCGCCUCAGAUAUAGAGAAAUUUUAUUAAUCAUUGUAAGGUAUAGUUAUUAAUUUUCGAUAUAUUAUGUAGCUGCUUCCUCUCUAGAGACUAUAACAAUCACUACCGUGAAUUUAUCUCUAUGUACAGAAAACGGUAAACUUCUAAAGCCAGAUCCAAAAGUCCAAACCGUUCUAUUCCUGAUUUAGGUAAGCGAUAUAAAUUAUUAACAAUCAAGUUAUUGAUAUAAUCGUGUUCGCCAUUUUAGAAAUCUAUUUUCAAUAUUUGGAAAAUUCAAUGUCAUUAAAAGUUUGUAUGGCGGAUGAAUGUUGCUAUUUUACAUAGCCAAAAAUAUAUCCAUGCUCUUAUAUUGGUGUGGCUGAAAUGCUAUUGUAUAAAUAUUGGUUAAGUAAUAUAUGUGGUACAAGGCCGUUUUCUCUCAAGUGCCUACUAAAUGCUUCUAUUCUAUCGUUAGAGAAUUAUAACUGGAGUACGGAGUGUCGUUAGAGAGGACGAGUGCCGGACUAAAUACCGUUCAGAUUUAUUCAUACUUUUUCUGUUUAAUAUUUAAACUUUAUUCAUGACAGGGGACGUAUUCAUGGAUGUUUGCAUACUACUUUACAUAACACCAAAAUAACUAGUGAUAAGUAGGCUGUGACAGACUUAGAAUAAAAUACAACUGUGUGUUUAUGAGUCCCGUUAGGAAAUAUUAUUUUCAUACUAAAACAUUUUCUAACGUGUAUUUAUUCGGCGCUCGUGGCAAAGCCUUGAAAGAAUACACCAAAUAGAGUUAAUUGUGAUAAAACUUCAGUUUAGUUUAUCGUUUGUUUGAAUGUCUCGUAAUAUUAGUUGGGUUUUUGGUAUAAUGAAGUCCAGUGGCCUCCCUCACCACAGUUUAAUAAAAUGUUUUAACACUUAAAUAACAUUGUACUAUGAAGUAAGUAGAAUAAGAAAGACAAGUGAACUGUGGUGUCGGAAUCUCCUAAUUGUAUCGUAAGCAACCAUAUUUUUAUUUGAAUGGCUUGAUUAGUACAAUUUCAUUGGUGUUUCGUCGUGUUUACGCGUAGGAAGUACUAGACUGAUGCAAUGACUGAUUUGUGAUGAAGCAAUAUUAUUUAUUAGUGAAAUUGAUAUACUUUUUGUUUCCCCCGAACUAACGGCUUGUUUUUGUCGUGACCAUGACGUUACGUGCGUAGCGUUACUUAAUUAAUAUGCCAAAUAGAUAUUUUAACUGCAGUAACCAUUUUUUCAAUCGGCUAAUACAUUUUGGUGUUAGUAAAUAAAAUUGGGGUAAAUAUGUAGUAUCACGCGUGGAUCGGCAUGCAAUUUCCGUGCAUGCAUUUCAAAUAUGUCAAAAUAAAAUGUAACUCAAGUUUCAAAGUGCUUCUGAACCAAGGCGAAAUGCUUAGAUAUAUUUUCCAAUCCUUAUGAUUUGUUGACUUCCUCGUAACUAAGUUUUGUAGGCAAAUGAAUGGUCUAUGUGUGCCAAAUGUUUAUGAAAAUGAUAACAUUAUUACCAUAUUAUAUCAAGCAAAUUCAAAUACCAGUAAUAUGAAUGUAUUUAUAUUAAUAAAAAUACUAUGUAACGCAUAGAGAGAUUAGGUCGUAAGUGAUAUUAUAGUAAUAUAAUUUAAUUGCUAAAUAAUUAAAAUACAUACAUUUUUGCUGUAUUUAGGAGCGUCUUCCAUCUUACUCGUAUUGUUUUCUCUUAGAUAAGUACAGUUGGAGAAAAAAGUUUGCGUUAUCGUUUGAACGAUCUGAGAGGCAGUCAAUAUGUGAUAUUGUGCUUUUCUUGGGAGAUCAAAAACAGCAGUUAGACUGUGUUAAACACGUCUAUAAAAUAAGAACAAUACAUUGAAAUGUAGCGUUUGUUGGGAAUAAUCUUUUACGCGCGAACUUUUUUCGCUAACCGUACACACUAGCCUUUCUUUCGGUGGUAUGUAGAUGAAAUUUUACAGCAAUAAUUAGUACCUAAUAGUAGUACUUUGCUGGUAGAUGCUACGUAUAUAAUUAUGUGUGAUAAAACGCGAUUUAUUUAUUAAGUGCUGUGUUUAAAUUAAAUUUUAUGAUCGUAAGCAACUUUCAAGCAAUAUGUUCACCUGUUAUGGUCACAGACCAACAAGCUUUUAUGAAGAAAUCAUAAAUAGAUUUAAAACCAAUUUAAUAAUAGGAGAUACAUAAUAAUAAUUAAAUCAUUUCAGUUGUUAAUGAUCAUAAAAUUCCUUUUAAAAGUUAUAUCGAUAUGAUAUUAAAAUUGUUACGGCUCAUGUUCUAUGGUCAAAAAGAAGAUUUUUUUAUCGAUUAAUUUAUUCUUAGGUUAAUUAAUGAUGCUGUUAUUAUUUGUUUGUAAAACGGAAUUUUUAAACAAAGUGUAUGUCUUUAUUUGAAUUAAGUGGUAUUUGUUUGGAAUUAUCGUUUUACGGACUAUAUUGUGAGUUCACCGCUGUAGACUUGCUUGCUUGUGAGUGCUGAAAUGGAUUUUGAGAAACAUCUUGUUGAAUGAUAAUAUUGGAUCGACAUUGAUACCGUGCUAUAGCGGUGAAGUCACAAUACGCUAAAAGCUCGCUCUACGUUGGGAUGUCCGAACUAUAUUUAAGUAUAAAAUUAAAUUAUUGUUGUUGUUGAUAUUUUGCCGGCUUUUGAACGACACCACUCUUUAUUAAUAUUAUUGCUAUUGUUGAGAGUUAUUGCCAAAUUUUUAUUUGUCCUAAAAUCUUUUGUCUUUGUACAUAUCCAUUAAAUAAAUUAUGUACCGAGAA